AUGGCAGCUCGAGCAUUUAAGCUGCCGCCUCUGCAAGAUAAUCCAGAUGGAUCCUGGGGACCAUCCAUGGCACACCUUCCCGCCAAGUUCAAAGACAUCCCGUAUGCACCUUAUUCAAAAUCGGAUAAGCUGGGCAGGUUUGCAGACUGGACUGAAGGCGAUGGACGCGCCCUCGGUGGUGGAGGACCAGCAGGUGCAACCGGACGCGGUGGCAGGAUUGGAGGCGGACGAAAAGACGGCCAAGCAGCCUAUGGAUCUGGAGCAACAAAUGCAUUCUCGUAUUUCCACGUUGAAGACGAGGCUUCAUUCUCCCUUGUGGACAACAAGACGGGUGGUCCCAGACGAGGCGCAGGUGGAUUCGGAUUCCAGCGAGGGAGGGGUGCUGGGAGAGGAGCUGGUGCAGGUCGUGGAGGUACAAGCGGUCGCACUGGCCCUGGUGGGUACGGACGCAACCAGCCUGGUCAAUAUGGUGGAAGAGGUGGCGCAGCUCGAGCCGGGAACCGAAGGGGAUGGAAAGACUGGGAAAAGACUUCGCGCGUACGAGAGGGCUCGGUCAUGAUCGACCCCAGUUGGAGAAUGCUCGAGGAAAUCGAUUUCCUCCGCUUGAGCAAGCUCAGACUAGAAGUAGAACCUGCAGAGACCAUCGAUUCGUAUGGACGAAUCUAUGCCUAUGACAAGGCGUACGACCGCAUCACGACAAAGAAUGAACGACCAUUACUUGUCCCUGAAAAGACACGGUUUAACCCCAGCACGUCCGACGAUCCGGUCAUGCAAAAGCUUAUCCAAGACGACGUCGCGUCCAUUUAUGCGACUGACUCCAUCCUUUCCAUGCUUAUGUGCGCGCCACGAUCUGUAUUUGGUUGGGAUAUCAUCGUAAUUCGGGACGGGGACCACCUCAUCUUUGAUAAACGCGACGGUGGACCGAGCGACACGCUGACCGUCAACGAAAACGCCGCAGACCCACCUGCAGACACAGAAAAGGAGACAAUCAACAGCGCGACGAGUCUCGCGCUCGAGGCGACGGUGAUUCACACCAACUUUGCCAUCCAAGUCGUCAAAGACGACGUGUACGCCGACUUGGCCAACCCAAAUCCAUUUGCGACCGAGGAGAGUGAACAACUCGCGAGCGCCGGGUACUAUUACAAAGUCUUUGACCUGAGCGUGCAUGAAGACGAAGAGGUCAAGCUUGCGCUAAGGACUGAAGUCGACGCAUUUUUGCCGCCCACAAACGCGCCUAGUUCUGGUGUGAUCAACUUGGGGACGACGACGGGUGGCAAGGGCGAGGGACUCGUCACAGUCAAGGCGCUCAACGAGUUUGAUUCCAAGGCUCCUGGAGCAGGGAAUGCACCGGAUUGGCGUACAAAGUUGGACAGCCAGCGAGGUGCGGUCGUGGCGACGGAGAUGAAGAACAAUAGCUUUAAAAUGGCGCGCUGGGCCGUGCAGAGUAUUCUUGCUGGAGCAGAUGUCAUGAAGCUUGGCUACGUCUCGCGCGCGAGCGUCCGUGAUAAUACCCGACAUGUGAUCCUAAGCACCGCAACGAUGCGUCCAAGCGAGUUUGCAGCCCAGCUCAACAUGUCUGUCAUGAAUGGCUGGGGUAUCGUGCGUACCAUUAUCGACCUGUGCUUCAAGCAUCCAGAUGGCAAGUACGUUCUCAUCAAAGAUCCAAACAAGCCCGUCAUCCGACUGUACGCUGUCCCGCCUGAUGCAUUUGCAAAAGAAGAAGACGGAGAGGAUGAUAUGUACGAGGAAGACCAAGAGUGA